AUGAAUCAUAUACUUCGACUAUCAGAAUCGGUCUAUACUGGACUGUGUCGAGAGGUAGGGACUCCUACAGAAGUGAGAAUCAGGAGGGAAGUGAUGGACACUUAUCAUCUUUCGCAGAGACUCGAGCACAAAUUUUACAAACGUGUGAUAAAAUGGAGUGGGAGUAAGAGUGAGGGAUUCAGACUGAGUACUUCAGAUGAUGAUUUUAUGCGCUGGCCUCUAGAUCACAAGGUAACCUGUGAACUCUCCUUGGUUAGUUUCUACUAUCAAUUAAUUCCCGAUACCACUGUCAUUUUGAUGGAGAGUGAUGAUCUACCACCUGGAUUUACCAGACUUAAUCUAAUGAGUCCAUCAUCUAAUACAAUAAUCAGAUCCUCCUGUGAAGCUAAAAAUCAGAAACUUUAUAUCUCUAGCGUAUUAUUCCGCGAUGGGCAUCUGUCACUGCAUAAGUAUAAUUGUCCAACCUUACAUACUAUCCCUCAUGGACCUUGUUAUACACAUUUGUAUGAAGGUGGAGAAAUUGAUGUUGUGUGGUGUCUACAUUCGGAGGAAUGGCCAAAAAAUGUAUUACCAUGGAUACAGAGAUGUCGUCAACAUAACUGGCCCUCGGAGAUCGUUAUAUCGGAAAUAUUAAUCAAAGGAUUCCAUGUUGUACCGAUUGGCAGCACACCUGAAAAUGGAGAAGAAUGGAGAAUCUCAUUUUCGCAAGCGGAACAAAAACUUAUUUACUCCAUGAAUCACUGUCAGUUUUUGUGUUAUGGUCUCUUAAAAAUUUUUCUCACAGAAGUAAUUAACUUUCAAAAUAAUACACCAGUAAUUUGUUCAUAUUUUACGAAAACAAUUGUAUUUUGGGUAAUUCAGACUAAUAAUUCCUUGACUUGGACACCUGAAAACCUAUUGUAUUGUUUCUGGGCAUGCUUUAAAUUAUUGAUAUCCUGGGUACGUAUUGGAAAUUGUCCUAACUUUUUUAUUCCACAAAACAACAUGUUUCGACAGAAAGUCACUGGUUCUGUACAAACUUCGUUGUUCAGUCAGCUGUAUGAUUUGUAUUGUAAGGGGAUAUCUUGUCUACUCUUAAGUCAAACUAUGAGGCCAUACCUAAGUUUCGCAAUUUUAAACGGAACAUCGAUACUGAAAAUUUGUACACUGGCAAGAGAGAGCUGUAUCAGAUGUAAAAGGAAAGGAGGACAGGAGCAGGAGAAUGCUGUAGAAGAAAUUCCGCAUGAGCAGCAUCAGCAACAAGAUGCAGAAGUGGAUCAUGUGGAUGAAGACAAAAGUAUGAGGUCAGUUGAGGAUAGACAGAUACCAAGAAGAAGUACAAGGGAGAGGAGAAAGCCUACCUGGAUGAACAACCAGGAAUAUGUAUUUACCCAACAACAUUCACUGGAAUGGAAGAAGAAAUGUGAAUUUCUACAUGACUUGAAGAAGUCCCAGGAAAUGAGGAAAUAUGAAGACGAAAUUGUUCGCACAAUGCUUGAUAUUUUGAAGAACAAUUAA